AUGGCUAAGGAAAUCGCUGAUAUUAAGGAAUUCUUGGAAUUGAUCAGAAGACAAGAUGUCAACUCUGCUACCGUCAAGAUCAACAAGAAGUUGAACAAGAACGGUAAGGCUUUCAGACAAACCAAGUUCAAGCUAAGAGGUUCCAGAUACUUGUACACCUUGAUUGUUAACGAUGCUGGUAAGGCCAAGAAAUUGUUGCAAUCUUUGCCACCAACUUUCAACGUUAACAAGUUGUAA